AUGCCCCUGUCCCUGGGAGCCGAGAUGUGGGGCCCUGAAGCCUGGCUGCUGCUGCUGUUCCUGGCAUCGCUUACAGGACGAUGCCCGGCGGGUGAGCUGGAGACCUCCGACUUAGUGACCGUGGUGUUGGGCCAGGAUGCAAAAUUGCCCUGCUUCUACCGAGGGGAUCCGGAUGAGCAGGUGGGGCAAGUGGCAUGGGCUCGGGUGGACCCAAACGAAGGCACCCGGGAGCUGGCCUUACUGCACUCCAAAUACGGGCUUCAUGUGAGCCCCGCCUAUGAGGACCGCGUGGAGCAACCACCGCCCCCACGAGACCCUCUGGACGGCUCUGUGCUCCUGCGCAACGCUGUGCAAGCAGAUGAGGGCGAGUACGAGUGCAGAGUCAGCACCUUCCCACCCCCUAGCUUCCAGGCACGGACCUCUCCCCUCCCCACAGUGCCUCCCCUGCCUUCACUGAAUCCUGGUCCACCACUAGAAGAGGGUCAGGGCCUGACGUUGGCAGCCUCUUGCACUGCUGAGGGCAGCCCAGCUCCCAGUGUGACCUGGGACACAGAGGUCAAAGGCACACAGUCCAGCCGCUCCUUCAAGCACUCCAGAUCAGCAGCCGUCACUUCCGAGUUUCACCUGGUGCCUAGCCGAAGCAUGAAUGGGCAGCCACUGACCUGUGUGGUGUCUCACCCUGGCCUGCUCCAGGACCGGAGGAUCACCCACACCCUCCAAGUGGCCUUCCUUGCGGAGGCCUCUGUGAGGGGCCUUGAGGACCAAAACUUAUGGCAUGUUGGCCGAGAAGGAGCUACACUCAAAUGCCUGAGUGAAGGACAGCCCCCUCCCUCAUAUAACUGGACAAGGCUGGAUGGACCUCUGCCUAGUGGAGUUCGAGUGAAAGGGGACACUCUGGGCUUUCCAGCGCUGACUCCGGAGCACAGUGGUGUCUAUGUCUGCCACGUCAGCAAUGAACUUUCUUCGAGGGAUUCUCAGGUCACCGUGGAAGUUCUUGACCCUCAAGAUCCAGGAAAACAAGUGGAUCUAGUGUCGGCCUCAGUGGUGGUCGUGGGUGUGAUUGCUGCGCUCUUGUUCUGCCUCCUGGUGGUGGUGGUGAUACUCAUGUCCCGAUACCAUCGACGAAAAGCACAGCAGAUGACCCAGAAAUAUGAGGAGGAGCUGACUUUGACCAGGGAGAACUCCAUCCGGAGGCUGCAUUCUCAUCACACGGACCCGAGGAGCCAGCCGGAGGAGAGUGUAGGGCUGAGAGCCGAGGGCCACCCUGAUAGUCUCAAGGACAACAGUAGCUGCUCUGUGAUGAGUGAAGAGCCAGAGGGCCGUAGCUACUCCACAUUGACCACAGUGAGAGAGAUUGAAACACAGACUGAACUACUGUCUCCAGGCUCUGGGCGGACAGAAGAAGAGGAUGAUCAGGAUGAAGGCAUCAAACAGGCCAUGAACCAUUUUGUUCAGGAGAAUGGGACCCUGAGGGCCAAACCCACAGGCAAUGGCAUCUACAUCAAUGGGCGAGGGCACCUGGUCUGA